AUGAAGAGAAUACGUGGGAAGAGAAUUGCAUUCGGGCCGGCUGCUUGCUGUGUGAUCCGCAAGAUGUAUCGAGCUCUUCGGACUACAAGGUUCUCGGUGUACCCUGCGACGAAAGCUAUCGAGAAGUUCGCUGAAGGAAUUUGCCCCUAUCUUCAGCGUGAAGAAUCUACUUGGAUUUCGGGAGGAAGCCUCUUUGGUUGA